AUGAGUUUUGCUGGGAAACGAAAGGCCAAGGUCAUCAAGAUUGCUGAUGAGGAGGAUGCAGGCGGAAAUGCUCCAGCUGCAGAUGGCGACAAUGGUACUAGCGAUGAAUCUACAAAACCACUCUUCGGUGCGAAAUCCGGGCGGAAACCAUUCAGGCAAUCGGGAUUGAGGAAGAGCUUCAAUCCAGCGGAUAGCGAAAGUCUUGGAGAUCUACCGGCGGCAAACGACGACGACGAUGAUGGACCAGUGGUAGUACGACCAGCCAUUAGUCGAUCAGGAUCAUUGAAAGGCAAGAAGAAACCAAAGUCUUCACGAUUGUCAUUUGGCGGAGACGAUAGCACAGCAGGCGACGAUGAGCCGACAGAGGUCUUCACACCGAAGAAGCUGCCCUUGGGGCGUGCAUUAGAAAACAGUGCUAUCAAGAGAGGACUGGGCACGAAGGGUCUUCCAAUGAGGUCUAUCGGGGAUGAUGACGACCGACCUAAGUACAGCAGAGAAUAUCUCGAAGAACUACAAUCGUCUACGCCAAACACCCCCCAAAGGCCCUCCACGUUACCGCCCGACGACAGCGACCUGAUGGACCUCGACGCUUCUGAACUAGAAGGUGCUGUGGUUGUCGAUACCUCUGACUUGAACCAACCACAACCGACAGCUAUUCUAUCCGAGGUCGAAAUUCGCGAAAAGAAGGAACGACGACAGCGAUUAGCCCUGGAAAAGGACUUUUUAUCAGUCGAAGAUGAUGAGGACCCUUUCGGACGUAAAAAGAAGGACGACACACGAUUAAUAGCAGAAGAUGAAGAUCUCGGCGAAGGUUUCGACAACUACGUCGAGGAUGGUGGACUUUCUCUUGGUAGACGUGCCGAGAAAGAGAGACGAAAACAAGAUCGAAAGCAAAUGGAGGAGCUCAUCACAGCUGCUGAAGGCCACACUUCCGACUCAUCAUCGGAUAGCGAUGCGGAGCGACGAAUCGCAUACGAAGCCGCGCAGACACGCGCUGGCAUGGAUGGCUUGAAGAAGCCUCGAAAAGAUCCCAGCCAGGACUUGCUACAAGCACCACCCAAGAUAUCACCUCUUCCUAGUCUCACAGAAUGUUUGGCCCGUCUGCAGACUACGCUGAAGGGGAUGGAAGAGGAAAUGAAGGGCAAGCAGAAUCGAGUGGAGAAGCUCAAACAUGAGCGUGAGGAAAUUGUGAAAAGAGAGGGAGAGGUGCAGGCCUUGCUGGAUGAGACGGGUCGGAAAUAUCAAGAGGCUAUGGGGCAAGGAAAGGUGGCCGAAGGGAAGGGGCCGGAUAUUCUGGCAAAUGCUCCGGUGGAAAUGGUUGGAGCGAGGGGGCUUGAAACGCUUGGUACGCCAUCGAGGAAACCCGAGGAAGAGGAUGUUUGA